AUGUCUGACGCCUCUGACCUGCCCGUCAAUCUCGCCCUGCCCAAGACAAGUGCCACCCUCACCGUGCGCAUCAUCAAGUCUUUCGAGUUCCGCACAGAAAAGAGUCUCGUCCUCCACAACAUCAACCUCGAGUCUACCACUGUCGGUCAGCUCAAAGACAUGGCGCGUCAAGCUGCGCAGACCCAGGCCGGAUGGAAGCCAUACCGUAAUCUCGUCCUCGACACUUUGAAGCUCUACACAAAGGCCCACGGUGCCAAGACUACGAACCUCAUCAUCAAUCUCGAUCACGAUGACUGGAUAUUGAGUGACGACUCGAGGACACUCGCCGAUUGUGGCUUCGAGAACGAGACGGAGGUUAGCUUCUUCAACCGCGAGAUGUUCGAGAAGUUCAAGGCGAAUCCCGAGACGAAGUGGGAGAGUUGA